CUUGUUGAUGUCCACGACCGUAUCAUUGCAGUCCUCGGCGGUGUUCCUCGUGGGUCCAAGGGGAAAGAAUGGCAGGCAGUGGAAGCUGCUGCUACUGCUGCUGCUACAAAAUGCCGCGAAUCUAGCACUUUCACUGAGGCCCAGAAACACGGUCGGCGCGGAGAUUUUGCCUCUCGGACGGUUGGGUAUGGCUACGGCAACGGGUGGCGCAAACCGCAGAACUUUAGAGUCUCUGGCAAGGCGAACCAGAAUGCCAUGCAAGAGCUUCUUCAAAACAAAGCAAUUCGGCGGAUCUCAGGCUUUCAAAACGCUCUCUUUAACACGUUCGGCCACAAGAACUACCUUGAACAUAAGGAAACAAACAACGAGCUACUUUGUAAGCAGCCAGAGCUGCGAGCCAACUUCCCGAACAACGCCUUUGCUGCGACAACCUUCAACCUGGGACCCCUCUCGUAUUCCCCACCCCACAUGGACCCUGAUAACCGUGCUUCCAGCUGGUGCGCUGAUACCACCAUGGGACCCUUCAAUCCUGACCAAGGCGGUCAUCUAGUGCUAUGGGACCUUGGGCUUGUCAUCCGCUUUCCUCCUGGCUCUACAAUUCUUUUUCCUUCUGCCCUUAUUACGCAUUCUACCAUCCCCAUUCAAGCAGAUGAGACCCGCUAUGCCAUGGUGCAAUAUUCAUCGGGAGGUCUUUUUCGAUGGCAUGAAAAUGGGUUCCAAUCCGACAAAACAUUUCUGGCAAAAGCUAGCCCUGAAGAAAGAGCUAUUCGUGAGUUAGCAGGGACGUCGCGAUGGAAGUUGUCUCUGCAGAAAUUCACCCGUUGGACAGAUAUUUGUCAUGGUGAUUGGAGGGGUACAGCCCGUACCGAGGCUGGUUUAGAUGAGCUAAGUGAACUUUCAGACCUUGAGGAGCUGUUGCCUGUUUUACGUCCUACUAAACGCCUUCGCUGUCAAUAG